AUGGUGAGUGACGAAGACCUGUCCAUUCCUGUGGUCUUCAUUCUCUUUUUUCUUUUCUUUUUUAUGCCUUAGGGGAAGGGAAGGAUACGAUGACAUUUCCCGAAGAUGCUAUAGUUCCAUAGAAACUCCACGACUUUCAAUCUCGUGGGAUUUUUUUGGCUAUUCGAAUACCUCGGGGCCAUCCCCAUUAAAUCCUCGACAUUCUAAAAAACGACCAUUUCAAAGAAAUUUAUUCUCUGAAAUAACGGAAAGUUCAACAUGAACUAGAGUAAAAAAGAAUGUGAACUUUUUGUUGACACCUUUGUGGUCGCCAGAUAACUAACGCUUUGUUCAGUUGCCGGUUCUCUUUUGUUUUCGUUGUAUUAUGACAUAAUGUUGUUUUUAUGACAACUUCCUUCUGCUGUCUUCCACAACUACAUCUUCCUUGGAUACUUUAUCAAGAUUUUUGUUUACACAGUCCAUCCAUUCAUGUGCUGGAAGCUCAUAAUUGUAUUAGGCCCACUAUUGUUGGCACAUAAAUUCCAAGAACUAAUUAUGCCGGAAAUGGGCGGAUGCUGGAGUUGUUAUUAUUCUCAUAUUAGUGGAUUGUGUUUGAACUUUUUUUGUUUUCUUUCACCUUCUCUAUAAUUAUCUGGUGGUCCUCCCCGAUUUAGGCCAAGCCUGCCAGCCACACACCCGCCACUUUCUGACUUUAUUCGCCAAAGAAAACUCUUUUUACAACUUUUUUCCUUGUCCUUCAAUUGGCCUUGUUCGAGCGUUAAUUUCCUUAGGCAAGUUCAUUAACGGUCGUUCCGCGUGGCGUAGUCAUUGUCAUAGUAAUUCGGGGGAGGCACUACGUGAUUGUUGAUAUAACGGUAUAACAUUAGAUGACGUCAUCCUGUCUAUAUUUUUUGUUAACAUAAAAAGAGUAAUUACUAUCCACGACUCGAUUGUUCUGUGCCCGAGGCUAUCUUGAGGGUUUUAGUUCUUUUAUUAAUUGCAGAGCUCUCCACCACCGCCUUCUGUGGACCGGCAUGAGUUCGUGGACUGGCGGAUCAAUUCGGAAGUUCCCGCGCCCAUGAAAGGCCUGAUUGGCCUGGAGUCACCCCUUGUCUCCGCCGUCAAGUUGGCCUUGUUUAUGAGUAAUCUUUCGAAUCCGUUUUUAUUUUAUUUUUUUGAUUCACUCUUAAAACAUGCAAACUUUUUAGUGGUCCAUUCACCAUCAGGGAUGGCGUGUGUAAAAAGUUGCUCAAAUGCCCUCAGAGGUUCUUUCGUAUCGAUUGUCGGUCAAUCAGCGGAUGUUGACAGUCGAUUGUUGGCUCCGUUUCAUGCCAUUCUCGCCAAAAGUCGAACAAAUCUCGUUGCGCAACGGAAGCUGGCAUGGGUUUGUCAGUAAGCUAAACCCACAGUAAUAAAAAACGUUUGCUUUUUCAGUUCAAUGCGAAAGUUCGAGCAUUGUUUGUCCUCGUGCUCGGAAUCCCGAGCCAAAACUUUACAACUCAUCAAAGUCGAGCAAUGGUACGCGAUUUGCGAAACAAGUAGAACAUAUCCGAAAAGUGAGCCUUGCCGUCUCUGAAUAGAAAGUUAAUUUGACCCAUUUUUAGACUUUGGAGAAUUUAUUGGCUGUGAAAAAAGACACCAUGACGAGGUCAAUAAGUUCUGUCCCAAAUUGAAUAUAGCGCUUACAAAUUCCCUCGAUUCAUUUUGCAGGUAAUCAAACGAUUAUUCAAACAUAUAUGAACUAAAAUAACUUGUUAGGGCCGCAUAAAAACGAGUUUUUUCAACAUCUCCAAGUUUAAAUUACGGUAUGAUUUAGGAAGAUGAAUGAUCACAGCGAAUGUUAUGUCAAGGUCGGGUUCAAAUGCAAGUCAGAUAACGCCACAGAAGUAAGUGAUCAAAAAAUUCAAAAAACGGAUUUGAGGACAAUUAUAAUAUAUAACCAACGUAAUUUCAUAUCAUGUUAGGUGUGGAAGCUCGUAAACAACGCAAUCCAAAGAUCGUACCAAAAGAUUCUGCAAUUGUCCCGAGGAAACGUUCUACCUCCAGAAUGCGAAUGGGCCAUGAGAAAUAUUGCUUUGACAACAAGGAUGCUGCCAACUUCUACAACAACCGAAUCGACCACAGAAUUCACAACGGAAUUGACAACGACAACUGAAGAAGUGCACGAGUUCACAGUUGAUUACUGGCAGGAUGUAGAUCAGUCACACCUUUAUGUCUUUGAGUCUAAGAUGACGACAACUCUUCCAACGCCCACUUUCUCCGCCAAUCACUCACCUCAGAAUGCCUUGAAUGGAGGCACCAGACCUCAGCAUACUGCCUUUCUCGUCAACCUUCUAAUCUUUCUCAUCGCUUUAUUACAUUAA